CAAAACCACACAAGGCCAUGUCGGACUCAGAGUGGAUGUCCCGCCUGAGGAAGUUUGCCAGCACGGGGGCCUGGCCUGCAGGGGAGGGAAACAGGCCGGCUCCCAGACAGAAGAAAUGGUUUGAGCUGUAUCAAAGGAUUGAGAAGUGUCCAAUGCAGGCACAUGGACAGAAAUCCUUGUUUGGCCAAGUGCAGCAGUGUACCUGUAGAUUCCACCCUCAGAAGCCAGCUGCAACUCCUGUCCAAGGUGCCGUGGGACAGCAGACUGCUGCAUCUGGUCCGGUCCACAGAGCUGUGGGGCAGCAGAGUUCAGCAGGUACUGUCCAAGGCGCUGUGGGCAUGGGCGUAAUUUGGGGGGGACAUGUCGCCCCCACUUUUCCAAAUCCCUUAUGUGUCCCCCCCCCACUUUCAAAUUCGUUUAUUAUAAUUUUUAACCGCAGAUGGCCCGUCAUCGCCACGGAGGAGCUGGACACUGCCUCUGUGGCUGCGGACCUGCGAGAUCAGAUGAGCUGGAGGGGCUUCAAGACAGGGAGGACUGCACAGCCUCAGAUAGCUUCAGUGCCUGUCCUCAGUCCCGGAGCAGUGAGUGCCACUGUGUCGGCUGCUGCCUCCAGGACAGAGACUGACACGGCAUCACCAGUCCAGCUGCCCCGUUUGUGGUCAGAGGGCUUGCCACCUGAAGACCACAAAUGGAUUCUUAAGAGCCUUUUGAAGUUGGGGCCCAAGGGAAAACUAGCGCUUCAAGACCACCUGAAGCUCUGGUACUUUCCACCACAGUACCUGUAUCACUACUAG